AUGAUCCUCGAAGAUAGGGAGCAUUGCGGCCGUCUUUUUGAAGUUGGCGACCAUUUGGUGAAGGCAAUCAUUGAAGAUGAUCCGCAUAAAACAACACGAGAGGUUGCUCAAGAACUAGGCAUUGGCAAUUCAACAGUCGUCCGCCAUUUGGAAAAAUAUUGGAAGUGUGAAAAAGUUGAAGUAGUGGGUGUCGCACGAAUUGAGCGAGCCCCAGAGAAGCCGCCGUUUUGA